UCGAAGGAGGAAGAGAGGAGCCAAAGGUGACGGUAAACAGGGGCGGAUACGCACAGGACAGGACUCCUUUAUUUCUCCUCAUGGUGUUUUGGACACUCGUAGUAUGUAUGAGAAGUUAACCAUGCUGAACCUGCAGAGCGGCUCAAACUGGAGCGGGCCUAACAACUGGUACCAUGACCCCACCGGAGUUCAGACACAACACAGCACAGUGUCUGAGGGCUGUCUUCUGGACACGGAGGGCAGUAUGGGGGGAGAGGCAGGGGGAGGAGGAGCAGGCAGGGGGGGAGGAGUCCCCGUGGAGCGGGACGAGGGCGAAGAGUCUCAGCUGAGGCUGCAGCUCAAGAGGAAGCUGCAGAGGAACAGGACCAGCUUCACACAGGAGCAGAUCGAGGCUCUGGAGAAAGAGUUUGAAAGGACACAUUACCCUGAUGUUUUUGCGAGGGAGCGGUUGGCAAACAAGAUCGAUUUGCCAGAGGCCAGGAUACAGGUUUGGUUCUCAAAUCGAAGAGCCAAGUGGAGGAGGGAGGAGAAGCUGCGCAACCAAAGGAGGUCAGGGGGUGUGACUUCCUGUUCACAGAGCCAAGCCCCUCUGACCACUUCCUUCAACACAUCCGUCUAUCAUCAGCAGCACGGCAGCAGUUCAGGGUCCAUGUUGAGUCAGGCUGAGUCGUCCCUGCCCAGCUACAGCUCCCUGUCAGUUUUCUCAUCUGGAGUCCAGUCUAUUCCUCCCCAGUCGGCCUCCUCCUACUCCUGCAUGUUACCUCCAUCCCCCUCUGCCCCGCGCAGCUUUGACUCAUCGGCGUACUCUUCCCCUCAUCUGCAGACUCCACCCUCGGCCAACUCCAACACCGGGCUCAUAUCGCCUGGCGUUUCAGUGCCGGUCCAGGUCCCAGGAACUGAGCAGCAGAGCAUGAGUCAGAACCUUGUGGCUACAAUGGAGCUGGGUCUUCUGCUGUGGAUGGUUUUGACCUUAACGGAAAGCACAUCAGCAGGGGACGGCCAGUACAGUAGAGCAAUGGAUUGGUUGAGCAGGUAUGGCUACCUUCCUCCUCCUGACCCGCGCACAAGCAGACUGCAGACCAAGGAGGGUAUGGAGAGAGCUAUUCGUGUCAUGCAGAGAUUUGGAGGGGUCCAGGAAACUGGGGUGCUUGACGGCGAAACCCUCAAACUCAUGUCUACACCGCGCUGCUCUCUCCCUGAUAUUGUUGGUAGUGAGGACAUGCUGAAAAGGAGGAGGAGGAGGAAAAGAUACGCGCUGUCAGGCCUUAAGUGGCAUAAAACAGACCUCACGUGGAGUAUCCACAGCUACCCGUCGCCCUCCCUCUCACCCGGCCUGCCUAAAGAUAAUGUGGAGACAAUCCUGACUCACGCCUUCAAAGCCUGGAGUGACGCGGCCCCCUUGCGUUUCCGUCACUUGCCGAGUGACGGCAGUGGGGCUAAAGCUGGAGGGGACAUCAGAGUGUCUUUUUCCCGUCUGCUGCAUGACGACGGGUACCCUUUUGACGGGAAGGGUGGCACCCUGGCCCAUGCCUUCUUCCCUGGCAGGGAUGAAGUGGCGGGUGACACACACUUUGAUGAUCAUGAGAUCUGGAGCUACGGAGGUGACAGCAGCAGCACAGACUUGUUCACAGUUGCAGUGCAUGAAUUUGGCCACGCGCUGGGCCUGUCCCAUUCCUCCACUGAUCCGUCCAUCAUGAGGCCAUACUACCAGGGUCCUGUGAAAGACAUUCACAACUUCAAGCUGGACCUGGACGACAGGCUGGCUAUCCAGCAGCUUUACGGUGUGAAGGAUGGCACUGACACUGGUGUUGAUCCUAACCUCCCACGCCUGCCCACUCCUUCUUCUCCGAGAGCAACACAGCUUUCUGACCCCUCGUUCCACGAACGCUGCCAGGGAGGCUUUGACGCAGUGGCAAAUAUCAGGGGUGAGGUCUUCUUUUUUAAAGGUGCACAGUUCUGGAGAACUCAGCAAGAUGGGUCUUUACUGUCCCUCAAUCCAGCUCAGAUUAAAAACUUCUGGAUUGGCCUUCCACCAGGAACAAAUAAGAUUGACGCUGUGUAUGAGAGGAGAAGCGACAGCAAUAUCAUCUUCUUCAUUGGAUCUCAGUACUGGGUCUUCAAAGACACGGUAGCCAUGAGCGGUUACCCUCGGCCCCUCUCUGAAUGGGGCAUGAGGACAAAGAGGGGGGCAUUGGUGGACAAGGUGGAUGCAGCCUUUACCUGGGCUCAUAACGGCAAGACCUACCUAUUCAGCGGAGGGGAGUUUUGGAGGUUUGACGAGAGCCGUAAAGAUAAACAGGUGACCAGGAACCCGGAGCCAGGCUACCCACGGGACAACAGCCUCUGGGCAGGAGUGCCCUCCAACAUGGAUGACAUCAUCAGCUGGGGAGAAGGAGAUGCCUACUUCUUCAAAGACAACUUCUACUGGGUAUUAAAGAACGGAGGACUGAACCAAGAUGUUGUCACUCCUAAAUCGAUUGCUGUAGACUGGCUCAGAUGUCCCGCUCCACCUUCCACAUCCACUCCAAACAAUCCUCAAAUCCCAAAGGACUGCAGAUGUGACUUAAGGGGAUCAUCUUCAUUUCUAAGAAGCAGUUGGAUCCUCCUGAUCUCUGCUUUAUUGGUAAUUACUGAGUUUAGAAAGUAGGAACCUUAGUUUGGAAUUUGUUUGAUGCGUGUUGAGAGAGAGUUUUUUGUUCCUCUCCUCAUUCCGCUGGAGGGUAAUAGGGACUCUUUACAUCAUCAUAUACUCAUGGUGCAUUACGACCCACAGGCUGGUUUCAAAUUACAUACUAGCAUCAUAAAAAGCCUAUGUUAACUACCUGUCUUAUACUUUAACAUGGGGCCUAUGCAACUGUGAAUACUUUACUAUUUUUCGUCCUCCCGCCAUCCUGCUUUAGAAUGUCACCUCUUCGUUUUUCUAGAUUGAGUAUUGGAUUACAUGGAGCCUCUAUAGGACAAUGCAUAGAAAUUCAAUACUGAAAUCCAGCAUGCAGGCUACUCCCUCAUAAUGAGGUCCUAUACAAUAACCUCAUGUUUGGUCGGUAAACAGGCGACACAAACAUGCUUUAGUAAAAUAGUCAAUUUCUUUAUCAGAGGCUUUUUCUUUAGAAUUAGGAGUAGAUUUGUGCACAUGUACACACACAUAUAUACACUCCAUAAAAGAAACAUUCUCUUGUAAAUUAAACUUGCAGACAGUAUAUUGUGGAAAGCUGAGAUGGACCUAUGGUUUGUUUUUGCCCCAUUUUUAUAUUUUUGAGUUUGAUACCGGAUUUUACAGACGUGAUACAAUGUAAAUAAUUUUCACUGGAAACAAGGAUAAUUACAAACAUGGUACAUGAGAACAAGCGAGGGGGGAAAAAAAAAAAUCACCUUUCUGUUGAUAAUUAAGGAAAUUUACAGCAUUACACACAUUCAAGCUUUGUUUUUUCAUAUUUUUGCUCUUGUUAAUUACCAUCAUGCAAUGUUUUUUUUUUUUUUAUUUUACUAUUGAAAUGAAUCCUUUUUUUUCAGUUGGGAUAAUAAUGCUGAUAUCUUUCACUGAGUUGCUAAGCCCUGCAGAUGUAAUGUAAUGAAAUGUAAUGUGAUUCUCGGGUUAGGCGAGAUGUAGUUACUAUAAAAGCAUGGUACUCUAUGAACAGUAUGUUAUAAUGUGGCUGCUGGUCCGUAUGGAAGAAAUAAACAAA